AUGUCUACCAAGGAAGAAGCAAGGAAGGAGGACGCGACGCAAGUCGAAGACGAUGAUGAACCAGAUGAGUGGGACAAGCGAAUCUUUAGCACAGGAUGUGCAGAUGAAAACGCCAAGAUGACGGACUGCUACUUCGAGAAAAAAGAUUGGAGAGCAUGUACCGAAGAGACCGCACCGGCAGACGCCAAGCCUGUGCAGACGCCAGCGGCAGAGGCCGCAAAUGGACCAAGCGCACAGCCAGCAGCAACAGCUGCAUCAGCGAAGAGACCAGUGCCAGUAAGGAGAUCAGUGCCUUUGAAGAAGCCACUUCCAGCAAGAAAACCGGCCGCACCCAGUCCCCAGUCCCCAGCGCCACGGCGUCCGGAGCCCACAGCUCUCGACAAGGCGGAACGCAAUGAAGCCCAGGCUUCCCGGCUCGUGCCCGGCACUUCAGGCAGACCAUUCCCCUCGAAAGAUCUGCUGCAGGAGGUCCGGGCCCCCACGAGUCCCAUGAAGAACACCUACGAGGCCAAGACCGUCACCGUCUCCCACCCCAAGGAGCAUGCGACGGCGAACGACAUCGACGUGCCCUGGGACGCCAGCUUCCACGGCAUCUCCACCCGGCCCGUGACCGCGGGGCAGUUCAAGGUCCUGAUGCGGCCCAUCGACGAGGAGGACAUCGAGGUCAAGCCCGACGGCAUCAUCUACCUCCCCGAGAUCAAGUACAGGCGGCGGCUGAACGAGGCCUUUGGCCCAAUGGGCUGGGGCAUGAUCCCCAAGAGCGAUCCCAUAAUCAACGGGCCCAUGGUGACCCGGGAGUACGCUCUUAUUGUCGAUGGCCGAUUCGUCUCUCAAGCGCAGGGCGAAAAUCACUUCUACAACGAGGAAGGUAUACCUUCAGCGGUCGAGGGCUGCAAGUCGAAUGCCCUGAUGCGAUGCUGCAAGGAUCUGGGCAUCGCGUCCGAUCUUUGGGACCCUCGAUUCAUCCGAUCUUUCAAGAAGGAAAAGAUGGAGGAGGUCUGGGUCGAACACCAGGUCACCAAGAAGAAGCGGGUGCUGUGGUUCAAGAAGGGCCAAGUCGAAGUGGCGUAUCCUUUCAAGCGAACUUGA